GCGAAACAUUUUGGAAAGUUUCUGGAAUAAUUUUGUAAUUUGGUUUAAUGAGUUUUUUAGAAUAAUAGCGAUGUAUAAAAGAGACACAGAAAUUCGCCAUUUAUCAUCCACAGAUGUAUAUAAACUAGGAUUAGAAUUAGAACAAUCAUGGAAAAAAUUAAUGAGAGUAAUUCCAAAAGAUUUGUCCCAAAUAAAAAGUUCAGUAAAUUUAGCUACUCCAGGGGGUUUUAAACAACACACAAUUGAACCUAUUGUAUCAAAAUAUACCAGUGAUCAUAUCCUAAUGGUUGAAAAAGCAAGUCGUGAUCAAAAUCGUUUGUCCGCAGAAAUCCUUCUAGAGGAGUGGGGCACUUCGGGGAGAAUUAGGCCUAAUGUUGGAAACUUAUUAGAUAUUUUGGUUAAAGCUGAAAUAUAUCGUGCUGCGGAUUUUGUAGCAGUACAUUUUCUUAAUGAAUCCCCACCUCAACGGCCACUAUCUGGACCAGCGGCUAAAAUUGAUAUUUCCAUUCCAUUACAGACUGAAGAAAUAAAGAAAAUUGAAAGUAUAUUGAAUGAUAUCGGUGUACCAGGAACGCAAAGCCUAAAUCAAAAUGCACAGCUAAGUAGUGAAAUAAACAAUAAAGACUAUUAUGAAAAAUUCAAAAAUGAUGAAAAGAAUUUAGGUAUAGAAUACAGCGAUUUUAUAAAAUUUUCUUCGUCUACAAUUCCAUCAACAUCUCAAAGUGAUUUUUUAUCACAAUCGGCAAACAUUCCAAAUAUUUCUGAAAUUAUUGAGACUAAAAAUGAAUUGAUUCUACACCAAAAUAGUAUGUAUAAAAAUCAUAAUGAAAACGACGAUAAUCAAGAAAAUAAUGAAAUAUAUCAAAAUGGACAAUCUUAUGAGAAUAUGGAAGGUGAUGAGGAUGAUGAUGAUAAUAUACCAAUUUUAAGCGCUUUAAAUGCUCAAGAUUUGUCAAAUGAUGAACAAUUUCCUGAUUUAAGUAUUUUAAAUGCCGAAAGUAAUAAUGGAAGUGGUAGCGGUAAUGGUGGUGGUAACGGCAAUAACACUGGUGAAAAUACCUCAAACAACAGUCGUUCGGGUAGCUUUGGGAAUUCAUCAAGUCUGAGUACAAAUACUGAUGAUGGCAGUAAUAUUUUAUCAAAUUUAAGUAUAUUAGAUCAAAAAAGUAAUGAUGAUUCUAGUUUAACUAAUGUUACUGAUACCAGUGAGAAUAUAAGUUUUGAAAAUGAUAACAUUAAUCAGACGAAUUCAAGUGAAAAUGCUACAAUUGAAGUUUCUAUUAAUGAAACAACAAGUUCGAUAAUUGAUUCAAGAAAUAAUGUUCCUUGCUUGAGUGAUUUAAAUAUAACUGAAUCGUAACAAUCUAAACAAUUUGUUUUUAAUACUACUCUUCAAGCUUACAGUAUACAAAAAUUUAAAAUGUUUUUUUUUUAUGUUCUCAUUUGUUUCUGUGGAUAUUCAUUUUUAAAUUUUAAUUUUUGAAUAUUUUUAAAUGUGGUUUUAAUACAAGUACUUAAGAAAAAUUUAUUAAUUUAUUAUUACAAUAAACUGUUCAACUGAAAAGCAUUUAAAAUGUCCAAUAUUUUAAUUUUUACUAUUUGAAUAACAAUUUUAAAGUAAAAAUAC